AUGGGAUUGUUCUGGCUUCUCCUCUGCUUCACCCUCAUCGGGGCCUCCCCUGGUUCUGCGGCCUCUGCCAGUGAACCGGAGCUGAGCAUUGUACCCAGGAUCAUCAAUGGCACAGACACCACCCCUGGAUCCUCACCCUGGCAUGUGAUUCUGAUGACUGCUACUAGUGUCCAGUUAUGUUGGGGCUCCCUGGUCAACGAGAACUGGGUGAUCACUGCUGCCCACUGCAACAUUACGACAUCUGACUUGGUUGUGGUUGGGAUGUAUGACAGACCCUCAGGUAGGAAUGACAUCCAGAUCCUGAAGAUUGCUCAGGUUUUUAUAUACCCCCAUGUGUACUGGAGUGUUGUUGACAACGACGUCGCUCUGCUGAAGCUGGAAAGCCCUGCCCGCUUCUCCACCACAGUGUCCCCUGCAUCCCUGCCCACAGCUUCCGACCGCUUCCGCCCUGGGCGCCAAUGCUUCACCCUGGGCUUUGCGCCAAGGCACCCUAAUGCCAGCAAUCAAGCCAAGAUUCUGCAACAAGCUAUGAUGUCCCUCCUCACCAACACCGAGUGCAGGAAGCACUGGGGCAGAAUAAUCACUGAUGCCAAGAUCUGUGCCAGGGGCAAAAGUGUUUCCUGCUUGGAAGUCGACUCUGGAGGACCCUUGGUCUGCAGGAAGAAGAAAGUCUGGUCCCUGGUCGGUGUCAUUUCAUUUAUGAGUGAAACCUGCCCCACCCAGAGACCUCUGGUGUUCACCAGGGUCACUAAAAUCGUACCGUGGAUUCAGGAGACCAUGGCCAACAACUGAGCCCUGAUCCUCGCAUUCCU